AUGGUUGGACUAAAGCCUUCAGAGGUACCCCCUACCACAGCUGUGAAAUUCCUGGGGGCAGGCACAGCAGCCUGUUUUGCUGAUCUCCUCACCUUUCCACUGGACACAGCCAAGGUUCGCCUGCAGAUCCAGGGGGAGAACCAGGCGACACAGGCAGCCCGGAGAAUCCAAUACCGCGGUGUGCUGGGCACCAUCCUGACCAUGGUGCGCACCGAGGGCCCCCGCAGCCCCUACAACGGGCUGGUCGCCGGCCUGCAGCGCCAGAUGAGCUUUGCCUCCAUCCGCAUUGGCCUCUAUGACUCUGUCAAGCAGUUCUACACCCCCAAAGGAUCAGACCACUCCAGCAUCACUACGCGGAUUUUGGCAGGCUGCACCACAGGAGCCAUGGCAGUAUCAUGUGCCCAGCCCACAGAUGUGGUGAAGGUCCGAUUUCAGGCCAGCAUACACCUUGGGGCGGGGAGCAACAGGAAGUACAGUGGGACAAUGGAUGCCUACAGGACCAUCGCCAGGGAAGAAGGGGUCAGGGGCCUAUGGAAAGGAACUUUGCCCAACAUCACAAGGAAUGCCAUCGUCAACUGUGCUGAGAUGGUGACCUAUGACAUCAUCAAGGAGAAGCUGCUAGACUAUCAUCUGCUCACUGACAAUUUCCCCUGCCACUUUAUUUCUGCCUUUGGAGCCGGUUUCUGUGCCACAGUGGUGGCCUCCCCAGUGGAUGUGGUGAAGACCCGGUACAUGAACUCGCCCCCAGGCCAAUACUGCAGCCCCCUGGACUGUAUGCUGAAGAUGGUGACCCAAGAGGGCCCCACAGCCUUCUAUAAGGGAUUUACACCAUCCUUUUUGCGUUUGGGAACCUGGAAUGUGGUGAUGUUUGUGACCUAUGAGCAGCUGAAACGGGCCUUGAUGAAAGUCCAGAUGCUACGGGAAUCUCCAUUCUGA